AUGUCUCUUAUUGGCUCUGUUGAUCAGGGAACUUCAUCAACACGUUUUACAGUAUAUGCACCAUCAGGUGAAGUUAUCACAGGCCAUCAAACUCCAGUUUCAAGAACUACUCCAAAGCCAGGAUGGGUUGAACAAGAUCCACUUGAAAUCAUUAACAGUGUUCGAGUCUGUCUUAAUGCUGUAGCAACUAAACUCGAAUCUAUGGAUCGAUCACCAAAAGAUGUUAUUGCAAUUGGCAUUACAAAUCAAAGAGAAACACUCGUUAUUUGGGAGAAAUUCACAGGAAGGCCGCUUUAUAAUGCAAUUGUUUGGUGUGAUGCAAGAAACGCUGAUGUAGUUGAUGAACUUGCCAAAAAAUAUGGCGGAACAAAUGCAUUUGCCGAAAAAACCGGUCUUCCACUUUCUACAUACUUUACAGCCACUAAGCUUUUAUGGCUUCGCAAGAAUGUGCCAGAAGUUCAGAAGGCUCUCGAUGAAAAAACUUGUUUAAUCGGAACCAUCGAUACUUGGAUUACUUGGUGCCUUACAGGUGGUCAUACUCACGUUACCGAUGUUACUAAUGCAUCAAGAACGAUGCUCCUUGACAUUCAGAAGCUUGAAUGGGAUAAUGAAAUGUUAAAAGUUUUCGGAAUCCCACGGCAAGUUCUUCCAAAAGUUGUCUCUUCAGCCGAAGUUUAUGGAUGUGUUACUGACGAAUACGGAGCUUUUGAAGGUUGCGCGAUUUCCGGAAUGUUAGGUGACCAACAAGCUUCAUUAGUAGGAACAAAAUGCAUGCGAAAAGGAACAGCGAAAAUUACAUACGGAACUGGCUGCUUCUUGCUCUGUAAUACAGGUGAAACUCCCGAAUUCUCAAAAAGUGGCUUAAUUACAACAGUUGGAUACAAACUAGGCCGCAGAUCACCAGUCUGCUACGCUCUAGAAGGCUCUGUCGCUACCUGCGGCAUGGCUGUUCAAUGGCUGAACGACAUUUUAGGCAAAUCAGAAACAAUUUCAGAACUUGCCUCUUCUGUCGAAGACAGUGGUGGUGUAUACUUUGUUCCAGCAUUCUCAGGACUUCUUUGUCCGUACUGGAAGCCAGAUGCUCGAGGUACAUUUAUGGGAAUUACUGGUUACACACAACGCGGCCACUUUGCAAGGGCAGUACUUGAGGGCAUUGCCUUCCAAGCAUCAGAUGUCCUUGCCUGCAUCGAUAUCCCGCUCAACGAAGUUAGAGUUGACGGAGGAUUGUCGAGAUCUGACUUGUUACUCCAAUUCCAGGCAGAUCUGCUCAACAUAGAUGUACUCAGAGGUGCAAACGUAGAGGCUACAUCGAAAGGAGCAGCAAUUGCCGCUGCUUACGGAAUCGGAAUGGCCGGAGCAGGAAUUAUUACUGGAGACGAGGAAUGCAAGACAUUCUCUCCAAUGGUGUCGGAUAGAAAACGAUCAUUCAAGCUCAAAAUGUGGAAGAAAGCUAUCCAAAGAUCUAUGGAUUGGCUUGAACAAGAGGAAGAAGAUGAAUCGGAUUAA